AGUCUUAUCUGCUUUCCAUCUUCUUCCCUUGCGUUUCGUGUCAUCGAUAUGUCUGGCUUUACCCUCCCCACACGGUUGUUUCUCGCGUGUCCCUCACGCGCUCUCCAUCGUCUUCACCACUCAAAGCUUAUGCUAUACUGCAAAAUGUCAUCAUCAUCGUCUUCCUCCUCUCUCACACACUCCAUCACGCUUCCGAGCCAACCCACGGAGCCUGUCAAUGUCGCCGCAGCCGCGGGAGUCUCUUCCUCUGAUUUCAGGAACGCGGUAGAUUCGUCCUUGUUCAAGAAUUGGCUAAGAAACUUAGAGUCAGAGACUGGAAUUUUAGCUGAUGGGACAAUGACAUUGAAGCAAGUUAUCAUUCAGGGUGUUGAUAUGUUUGGAGAAAGAAUUGGCUUUCUCAAAUUCAAAGCAGAUAUUUUGGACAAGGGGUCUGGUCACAAGGUUCCAGGUAUUGUGUUUGCAAGAGGACCAGCCGUAGCUGUUCUCAUUCUCUUGGAGUCUGAUGAUGGUGAGACUUACGCGGUUCUCACUGAGCAGGUUAGGGUUCCUACUGGGAAGAUUGUGCUGGAAUUACCUGCUGGGAUGUUGGAUGAUGAUGAAGGUGAUUUUGUUGGUACUGCAGUUCGUGAGGUGGAAGAGGAGAUUGGUAUAAAACUAAGAAAAGAAGAAAUGGUUGAUCUCACUGCUUUCCUUGACCCAUCUACAGGCCACCGGAUCUUCCCUUCUCCCGGUGGCUGUGAUGAAGAGAUUAGCGUUUUUCUGUAUAGAAGGCAAGUGGAACAAGAGACGAUCAGACAGCUACAAGGUAAAGAGACGGGACUCCGCGAACAUGGCGAGUUUAUCAAAGUCCGACUAGUACCGUACAGAGAGCUCUGGCGCAAAACAGCUGAUGCCAAGGUUCUUAUGAGCAUUGGUCUCUACGAAAUGGCGCAGAGAGUGGGUCUCGUCCCCAGGCACUGAAACUAAACUCUCUAAUUUGCUCUGUUUCUUCAUUUCUAAACAAAUCAAAUCUAAGCUGUUUGUAAUUUUGCUCUGUUUCUUCAUUUUUCCUCCUGCUGACGUGGAACACUUCACCGCUCUCACUAGAAAAGGGUAAAUAAAUCAGGAAAACUAGUACAACAAA